AUGCAUUCUACUUUUGCCAUGAAAAAGCUUGGGUCUAUCAAUUAUUUUCUUGGUAUUUCAGUCACUUCUUCCUCUCAUGGCUACUUUCUCUCUCAGCACAAAUAUGCCACUGUGAUUCUUGCCAAAGCUGGCAUGACUGAUUAUAAAUCAUAUUCCUCACCUACGACCCUUAAACAAACUGAUUCUCCAAUUGAUAUUCCAUUUUCUAAUCCUACUCUUUACCGAAGCAUUGUGGAUGCUCUUCAAUACUUAACUAUAACUCAUCAUGAUCUUUCAUUCGCUGUGAACUAUGCUUGCCAAUUUAUGCAUCUUCCUCUUGUUAGUCAUUUUGCUCAUGUUAAACGUCUUCUCAGAUAUCUUAAAGGUACUCUCAAACUUGGGCUACAUUUUAGUCCUGGUCCUCUUAUUCUUCAGGCUUACUCAGAUUCUGAUUGGGCUGGUAACUAUUAUGACCAAAGAUCUACAACUGGCUAUUGUGUUUUCCUUGGAUCGAAUUUGAUCUAUUAG